AUGGCAUCAGAGAACCAGAGACCUUUUGAAUGCUUGGACUGUGGAAAGAGAUUCACUGAUAGUGGCUCUCUUCAGAAGCACCAUAAAACCCACACAGGGGAGAGACCUUUUGAAUGCUCCGAGUGUGGAAAGAGAUUCAGUCGGAGUGGCCAUCUUCAACUGCAUCAGAGAACCCACACAGGGGAGAAACCUUUUGAAUGCCCAGAGUGUGGAAAGAGAUUCAGUAACAGUGGCUCUCUUCAUCAACAUCGAAAAACCCACACAGGGGAGAAACCUCUUAGAUGCUCAGAAUGUGGAAAGAGAUUCACAUGCAGAAAGAGAUUCAGUCGAAGUGGCAGUCUUCAACUGCAUCAGAGAACCCACACAGAGGAGAAACCUUUUGAAUGCUCAGAGUGUGGAAAGAGAUUCAGUCAGAGUGGCCAUCUUCAAUUGCAUCAGAGAACCCACACAGGGGAGAAACCUUUUGAAUGCUCAGAGUGUGGAAAGAGAUUCAAUCGAAGUAGCAAUCUUCAGCAACAUCAAAGAACUCACACAGGAGAGAAACCUUUUGAAUGCUCAGAAUGUGGAAGGAGAUUCAGUCAGACUGCCCAUCUUCAACAGCAUCAGAGAACCCACACAGGGGAGAAACCUUUCGAAUGCUCAGAAUGCGGAAAGACAUUCAGUAUGAGUAGCAAUCUUCAACAACAUCAGAGAACCCACACAGGGGAGAAACCUUUCGAAUGCUCAGAAUGCGGAAAGACAUUCAGUAUGAGUAGCAAUCUUCAACAACAUCAGAGAACCCACACAGGGGAGAAACCUUUUAAAUGCUCAGAGUGUGGAAAUAGAUUCAGUCAGAAUGCCUAUCUUCAACAGCAUCAGAGAACCCACACAGGGGAGAAACCUUUUGAAUGCUCAGAGUGUGGAAAUAGAUUCAGUCAGAUUGCCUAUCUUCAACAGCAUCAGAGAACCCACACAGAGGAGAAACCUUUUGAAUGCUCAGAGUGUGGAAAGACAUUCAGUAUGAGUAGCAAUCUUCAAUUACAUCGAAGAACCCACACAGGGGAGAAACCUUUUGAAUGCUCAGACUGCGGAAAGAGAUUCAGUAUGAGUAGCAAUCUUCAAACACAUCGAAGAACCCACACAGGGGAGAAACCUUUUGAAUGCUCAGAGUGUGGAAAAAGAUUCAGUAUGAGUAGCAAUCUUCAACAACAUCAGAGAACCCACACAGGGGACAAACCUUUUGAAUGCUCAGAGUGUGGAAAGAGAUUCGGUCAGAUUGCCUAUCUUCAACGGCAUCAGAGAACCCACACAGGGGAGAUACCUUUUGAAUGCCCAGAGUGUGGAAAGAGAUUCAAGUGUGGAAAGAGAUUUGGUCAGAUUGCCUAUCUUCAACGGCAUCAGAGAACCCACACAGGAGAGAAACCUUUUGAAUGCUCAGAGUGUGGAAAGAGAUUUGGUCAGAUUGCCUAUCUUCAGCAGCAUCAGAGAACCCACACAGGGGAGAAACCUUUUGAAUGCUCGGAAUGUGGAAAGAGAUUCAGUCGGAGUGGCCAUCUUCAGCAGCAUCAGAGAACCCAUACAGGGUUUGAAUGCUCAGAGUGUGGAAAGAGAUUCAGUCACAAUGUCAGUCUUCAGUGUCAUCAAAGAACCCACACAGGGGAGAAACCUUUUCAAUGCUCAGAGUGUGGAAAGAGAUUCAGUCGCAAUGUCAGUCUUCAGUGUCAUCAGAGAACCCACACAGGGGAGAAACCUUUUGAAUGCUCAGAGUGUGGAAAGAGAUUCAGUCACAAUAGAUUCGUUCGGAUUGCCCAUCUUCAACAGCAUCAGAGAACCCACACAGGGGAGAAACCUUUUGAAUGCUCAGAGUGUGGAAAGCGAUUCAGUUUGAGUGGCACUCUUCAGUGGCAUCAGAGAACCCACACAGGGGAGAAACCAUUUGAAUGCUCAGAGUGUGGAAAGAGAUUCAGUCACAAUGUCAGUCUUCAGUGUCAUCAAAGAACCCACACAGGGGAGAAACCUUUUCAAUGCUCAGAGUGUGGAAAGAGAUUCAGUCGAAGUGGUGAUCUUCAACUACAUCGUAGAACCCACACAGGGGAGAAACCUUUUGAAUGCUCAGAGUGUGGAAAGAGAUUCAGUCGAAGUGGUGAUCUUCAACUACAUAAAAGAACCCACACAGGGGAGAAACCUUUUGAAUGCUCAGUGUGUGGAAAGAGAUUCAGUCGAAGUGGCAGUCUUGGAGAGCAUCAGAGAACCCACACAGGGGAGAAACCUUUUGAAUGCUCCGAGUGUGGAAAGAGAUUCAAUCAGAUUGCCCAUCUUCAACGGCAUCAGAGAACCCACACAGGGGAGAAACCUUUUGAAUGCUCAGAGUGUGGAAAGAGAUUCAGUCGAAGUGGCAAUCUUCAAGAGCAUCAGAGAACCCACACAGGGGAGAAACCUUUUUCUUGCUCCGAGUGUGGAAAGAGAUUCGGUCGGAUUGCCCAUCUUCAACGGCAUCAGAGAACCCACACAGGAAAGAAACUUUUCGAAUGCUCAGAGUGUGAAAAGAGAUUCAGUCAGAGUGGCCCUCUUCAACAGCAUCAGAGAACCCACAAAACGGAGAAACCUUUUGACGUCUCAGAGUGUGAAAAGAAAUUCAGUACCAGUGGCAAUCAAGUGCACUGAAGAACCCAUAUAGGGGAGAAACCUUUUGAAUGCUCAAAGCGUGGAAAGAGAUUUACUGAGAGUGACAUUCUUCUACUGCAACGAGGAACCCACAGAAGGAGAAACAAUGUAACUGU